AUGGAGGUUCUCUCCCUCGCAUCCCUCGCUUGCCCUAAGUUGAAAGUCUUGGGGUUGCCAAGAGUCAAUUUUGACGAUGAAGUUCGUUUUUUGAAUCUGAUAAGCAAAUGGAGGGAUCUCGAAUGGCUUGAAAUGGAUUCAAAGCCAAGAAAUUUGAGAGAAAUUGCAGAGCAGAUUGGAAUUCAUUGCAGCAGGUUUUACGGGAUUAAAAUUUGCGGCUUGAUUGGAAAAGAAGAUGUGUCAGGUAUUGUUGAUUUUAUUCCAAAGAUUGAAGUUUUGGAUUUGAGUGGGUCUCGAAUAGGGAAGGAGGAAGUGUUGGCUAUCUUAGAUGGGUGCAGGGAGCUGAAGAGAUUGAGCUUGAAGGAUUGUGUUGGUUUUGAAGCUGAUGAAGAGGUAAGAUGUAGGGCUAGAGGCAUAAAAAUUUUUGAAUUUGAGGGAUGCAGGGUUGAAGAUGAAUUGAGGGCUUCUGUGGAUCAGAGUGAUGCAUUGGAACAGAUGUUCAUGUAUUUUGAUGAUUGUUAUGAGAUGUGGAUGUUAUGA